AUGCUUGGCUCAAAUGAUGAAGGCAGCCAGAACGCCAUUUAUCUUCGGCUGAAAAAUAGAAGCCAGCGCUAUCAUGCAAAGAUUCCGGUGCUGAAACGAUUGCCCUUCCCUUCCAUUGCGAUUAUCUCGUUGCUGGUGCUCGUCAAUGUUCUGGUGUGGAUUGUUGUUGGUAUAGUCCUUAGCUAUCACACAUCGCUGGUCUCUACUGCUGUACUAGCAUAUUCCCUAGGCCUCAGACAUGCUCUCGACGCAGAUCACAUCUCGGCGAUUGACCUCAUGACACGCCGUCUCAUUGCAGCUGGCCAACGUCCAGUAACAGUUGGCACAUUCUUCUCACUGGGCCACUCGACUAUCGUUGUAAUAACAUCCAUCGUGGUGGCUUCGACAGCAGCCGCCGUCUCAUCGCGAUUUGGAGCAUUCUCUAGAGUUGGUGGCAUCAUCGGAAGCAGUGUCUCGGCCACCUUCCUGAUCGUGCUUGGUAUCAUGAACGUGUUCAUUUUGUACAAACUUAUCAAACAGCUUCGUGAGAUCAUCAAUUCUCCCGCUGACUCGCCUGAGCCCGAGUUCACCAUUGAAGGCGGAGGAUGUCUGUUUCGUGUAUUGAAAGGCAUGUUCAAGCUCAUUGAUCGUCCAUGGAAGAUGUAUCCGCUAGGUGUUCUCUUCGGCCUAGGAUUCGACACAUCAUCAGAGAUCGCCCUGUUGGGCAUCAGUGCCAUCUCCGCCAGCCAGGGAACAUCCAUCUGGCUCAUCCUCAUAUUCCCUGUUCUAUUCACCUCGGGCAUGUGCUUGCUAGAUACUAUCGAUGGAUCUCUCAUGUGCGCCGUCUACACUUCUACCCGUCUCGCAAAGGACCACAUCGCUGUACUAUAUUACCAGGCUGUUCUCACUGGUGUCACCGUGCUCGUGGCUGUGGUGAUCGGUGUUAUCCAAUUCCUCGGUAUGUUGCAGGGAGCGGCUGAUCUCGAAGGCGGAUUCUGGGAUGGUGUCGAAGUUGCAAGUGACAAUUAUGACAUUAUCGGUGGUGCCAUCUGUGGCAGUUUUGUUGUCUUUGGUGUCGCGAGCGCUAUUCUCUAUCGACCAUGGAGAAAACGUGUGGAUGCAAAGCGAAACGCGCUGGUUCUUAUGAGACCAUACGAAGAGGACCAAGACCAAGUGAGAGAAGCUCAUGGACAACCCGAGAUCAUGCUCGAGGAGAUCUCAACACCACAAGUUCGUGCUGACAGGAAAGGAGAUAUUGUGGUGUAA